AUCGAUAUUUGUGGGUGGUAUUAUUUAGUACAUUUCACCUUGGGAGAAAAACGUAAACAAUUUGGAAAAUAGGAAAAUGGCCCCGGAAAACAGGAUCAAAAUCCUUCCCAAAGCGGUGGUUUGCGAGGAGAGCAACCUGCGCGGUGACAUCACCUUCUCGUCGGGCUGUGUGGUUCAUCCGAGUGCCACUGUUAUUGCCGACGCUGGACCCGUGAUAAUUGGGGAAAACUGCAUCAUCGAGGAGUAUGCGACCAUAGCCCAUCGCUUGGAACCAGGAGCAGUGUGGGAUGUAAACAACAUCCUAAGCAUUGGCACCCACAAUGUCUUCGAAGUGGGUUGCCAAGUGGAAGCCUCCAGGAUUGGCGAUAAGAACGUAUUCGAAAGCAAGUGCUUUGUGGGUGGUGGAGUUACCAUUUCCAGUGGCUGCGUGGUGGGGGCUGGAAUCAAGAUCCAUACUAGUCAACUCCUGCCGGAGAACACCAUUGUAUAUGGCGAGCAGGGACUACAGCGGGAGGCCAUCGAUAAACAGGGAUCGCAGACCCUGCAAAUAGACUUUCUCCGCAAGGUCCUGCCCAACUACCAUCAUCUCCGCAAGCCCAACUACGAUCCCAAAAAGGCGCGCAGCGUUGUCUAGUUAGUAGUCUAUAUUAAUAUCAACCUUCAUGUAUUCUCCACCUUCACGGCAUUAAAGUUAGACAUCUCCCUUUCAAAAGUAA